CUCGCCGGGUCCCGCCCAAUCGCCACGGCACAGCCAAUCGGGAGGCGGGAAGCGCACGAGCGCACGCGGGGGCGGGGCAGGGUGGCGGCCGGGCGAGGCAGGGGCGCGGAGUGGGCCGGCCUGGGCCGAGCUGCCGCGCUCCGGGGAGCUGCGCGGUGCUGAGGGGAGGAAGCGCACGGAGGGGUGCGGCCGCCACCCGAGGCCGACGGCGGCGGGUGCUCUACGGUGCCCGGAGAAUGUGUGUGUGUCCCGGGCCCAGACGAAUUGGAAUCCCAGUCAGAACGUCCAGCCUACCACUGUUCUCUGAUGCCAUGCCAGCACCGACUCAACUGUUUUUUCCUCUCUUCCGUAACUGUGAACUGAGCAGAAUCUAUGGCACUGCAUGUUACUGCCACCACAAACAUCUCUGCUGCUCACCACCGUACAUUCCUCAGAAUCGUCUGAGAUACACACCCCAUCCAGCAUAUGCUACCUUUUGUAGACCAAGGGAGAACUGGUGGCAGUAUACUCAAGGAAGGAGAUACGCUUCUACACCUCAGAAAUUUUACCUCACACCUCCACAAGUCAACAGCAUCCUUAAAGCUAAUGAAUACAGUUUCAAAGUACCAGAAUUUGACGGCAAAAAUGUCAGUUCCAUUCUUGGAUUUGACAGCAAUCAGCUGCCUGCAAAUGCACCCAUUGAGGACCGGAGAAGUGCAGCAACCUGCUUGCAGACCAGAGGGAUGCUUUUAGGGGUUUUUGAUGGUCAUGCAGGCUGUGCUUGUUCCCAGGCAGUCAGUGAAAGACUCUUCUAUUACAUUGCUGUUUCCUUGUUACCCCAUGAGACUUUGCUAGAGAUUGAAAAUGCAGUGGAGAGUGGUCGGGCACUAUUGCCUAUCCUUCAGUGGCAUAAGCACCCCAAUGAUUACUUCAGUAAGGAGGCAUCCAAAUUGUAUUUCAACAGCUUGAGGACUUACUGGCAAGAGCUUAUAGACCUCAAUACUGGAGAAUCAGCUGAUAUUGAUGUUAAGGAGGCUUUAAUUAAUGCUUUCAAGAGACUUGAUAAUGACAUUUCAUUGGAGGCUCAAGUUGGUGAUCCUAAUUCUUUUCUAAAUUAUCUGGUGCUUCGGGUGGCAUUUUCUGGGGCUACUGCUUGUGUGGCCCAUGUAGAUGGUGUUGACCUCCAUGUGGCUAACACUGGUGAUAGUAGAGCCAUGCUGGGUGUGCAAGAAGAAGAUGGCUCUUGGUCAGCAGUCACACUUUCUAAUGACCACAAUGCUCAGAAUGAAAGGGAAUUAGAACGUCUGAAAUUGGAACACCCAAAGAAUGAGGCCAAGAGUGUGGUGAAGCAGGAUCGGCUGCUUGGUUUGCUGAUGCCUUUUAGGGCUUUUGGAGAUGUAAAGUUCAAAUGGAGCAUUGACCUUCAAAAGAGAGUGAUAGAGUCUGGCCCAGACCAGUUGAAUGACAAUGAAUAUACCAAGUUUAUCCCUCCCAACUAUCAUACACCUCCUUAUCUCACUGCUGAGCCAGAGGUAACUUACCACCGAUUAAGGCCACAGGAUAAAUUCCUAGUGUUGGCAACUGAUGGGUUGUGGGAGACGAUGCAUAGACAGGAUGUGGUUAGGAUUGUGGGUGAGUACUUAACUGGUAUGCAUCACCAACAGCCAAUUGCUGUUGGUGGGUACAAGGUGACUCUGGGACAGAUGCAUGGCCUUUUAACAGAAAGGAGAGCAAAGAUGUCAUCCGUCUUUGAGGAUCAGAAUGCAGCAACCCAUCUCAUUCGCCAUGCUGUAGGCAACAAUGAGUUUGGAGCUGUCGAUCAUGAACGACUCUCUAAAAUGCUUAGUCUUCCUGAAGAACUUGCUCGGAUGUAUAGAGAUGACAUUACAAUCAUUGUAGUUCAGUUCAAUUCUCAUGUUGUAGGAGCAUAUCAAAACCAGGAAUAGUGAGUGAUGUUAUCCUGGCAGUUCUCCAGUUUGAAGGGCAGAUUAAUUUGAAAGAAACUAAUACAAUAAUAUUCCAAUGGGUCAUCCUAAACACUUCCCAUCCGAUGCUCUAGCUAGUCCAGUAUUCCAGAUUAACUGCAGCAGAUAGCAUCAUGAGUGUCUCUUGUGUCCUGUUGCCCUCAUGGUACCUGCACUUGAGGCACCUUGGUUCCUUAUUGCAGGUGUCUUAUAACGGUGACUUACUAACCUAAGAAUAUGAAAAUUGGCAGAUAGGAUCUUGAAUAGGUCAAAAGCAAGGAUCUUUCUGAGAGUAAAAGGCAAAACAAACAAAAAAAACCCCAUCCCCAUCUGCAGACUCCUUUCAUCAUAAGGAUUCUAAUGUACAUGAGAAUAUUUACUAUAUGAUUUUUAAAAAUAGUCCAUGUAUUAUUCACAAACAUUUAUUUUAGCCUGAAGUAUUUUUCAGUAAGCCAUAAAUGACCAUGAACCAAGAAAUCUGAUUUGUAAGUUUUUGUGAUUGUGUGAUAAAAUAUGCUUCCCAGAUGGAAAGAAUUCUAAACUGUCCUUCCUUACCCGUGAUUUCCUCAGUGUAACUGAAAUAAUUUGUUUAGCUACUCCUAAAACACAAUAAAGGUUCUUAGUUUUAUUUAUCCUUCUAGUGAAUGUUAAAUGAAGGAAAAAUGUUUUUUCAGUUUGUAUUGAGAGAAGCUUUAUUUAGUUUGAAAUAAAGAUACUCAGAAUGAAAA